AUGGUGUUGUGUGAGAAACUUUGUCCAAAACUGGGAUGCUGCUUGGACCGUUCUGAAGACCACCGGAGGGACUGCUGGCAUCCGGACAUGUGCCCCAAUCCAGACUGUGCAGAGCUUGGAGAUCAUGCUUUGCUGUGGCAGCACGAGCAGUUUUGUUCAUUUCCAUUGGAACGCCAAGAAUCUGGUGCAAAGGGUUUCUUGGCGUCUCAGCACUGCUUGCAAACACAUGGCACAGACAGCCAGUUUGCAAUGCAGCUGAAUGCUGUACAGGAAGUGAUUACUGGAAGUGCCAACCCGCAAGCCUUCCCCAUUCUGCAGGAGUUUGUGGAUGCAUUCAUCCGACAUGAGACGGUACAACGUGAUGCUGCCUUGCAGCAACAGAAAGUUCCGUUGUUUCAAGGGCAAGUGGCUAUGAAUGCCAUGGGUGGUGUACGUGCUUGGCAAAACAGCGCAAAAGCAACCCUUGAUUCAUGUCGUAUUCGAGCGAGCCGAAAUUUUGGUGGGCGAGCGACGCAGAAGAUCGAGGAUGCUUUGGCUAAGUACACAGAAGCCAUGAAGGACCUCAAGCUCGCAAGUGAGCAAGCAGCCCAAAAAGGUCAAAGCAACGUCAGUGGAAUUGGUCAUGAGUACGACCGUGUGCUGGAGACCAACAAAAUGGUCUUCGGAAUCCUUGGGAUCCACACUUUGAACUAUGGGGAGGACAAAGACGGAGACGAACAUGACCAAGGAGUACAUUUGAUUUUCAAACCCGAAUCUUUGAAUCAUCCGGAUGUUCACCUGACACCAAUGGCCGCCACCUUCUACAACUCUGGGCAUGGAGACAAAGAAAGGCCUUGGUGGAAGGCUGGUCGACCGAAAGAUGCGUUUGAAGCAAUGGUUUGGGAGAAGCUGCAUCCCAGCAGUCCGUUGUUCUUCGAAGCCUUGGCGACGGAGUUCCUUGCAAGAGUUGCGCACAAAAACUCGACUGACUUGUCUCAAGCAAAGUUCCAGGAUAUGAAGAAGUACAUGAAGGCAACCAAUGCGCACCACAGUGUUGAGUGUCAUUUCCCAUACGUGACGCCGCUUGCAUGGGUAGAGAAGGUCGUGAUAUCUGAACAUACCUUCAACAAGUUGUCAGAAGCUGACCAAGCCUUUGCCAAAGAUUUGUUCCGAGGACGCCUGGAAGUUGCUCCUGGCACCGACUCUCAAGAGAUGCAGUGGCAGCUGGCCACAGCUCCUUUGCAUCGUCCGUUGCCGCCACCAGCAUUUGCUUGGACGGUACUCUCAACCAGACAUCAAGAGGUGGUUGUGCCUGGAACUUUGCAGCAGAAGGGCAGAACACGCAUAUUCUUCCGGGCUUCAAGACCCUACUUCAUCGCCAAUCUUUCGCACAGUCAUCGCAAAGAUGGUCUUGGCAUUGAGGUCUUUGGGGAGAAGUGCUUUGUGAGUGGGAGGAAGGAUCCACUUCGUGAUCCGCUUUUCAACCACGGAGUGGGGGCUGAGCACAGAUCGGUCAUGUACUGCAUUGAUUUGGACUAUCAGAAGAAGCAGAUCCUUUUCACGCAUGCAGGGGUGUCGCAUAUGCUCAAUGCAAGGACUCUGGAGAUUGCGAGAGUAAAUCCAAUGCCCAAAGGCUUGAGCUUCACUGUGCCAAGCGGUCACAUGUCUUUCACGGAUGUCAGGAUUUUAUGGGGCCAAGGUGAUGAACACCUGCUUGAACAUGAGCGUCCGUGGGUUCCACAACAGAAGGUGGCAGUGCCAGAUAAGUGUGACAAAAAAGUGGCAAUGGCAUUCGAGACAGAUGGUGCUGGCACUGGCUGGAUGGCUCGCGCCUAUCGCUUUGUUACGGGGCAGAGCGAGAUCGCAACGUGUCCUGAAGGCGUUCACUGCAAGGUCGCCUAUCAUACGAAAGACAGAUCCCAGCAACAGCAGGAACACAUGGCCCAGAAGCGCCACAUUUGCUUGUACGGACACAGUUGCAAAGACCACAAGGAAAGCAAAGAGCAUGAUGAGCAAUGGACACACAUUCAGAAAGACACGUGCAAGGAAGGAAAUCAAUGCCAUCAGCUUUGUGACCCUUACCAUCGUGCAGAGUAUCACCACCCUGGCUUGUGGGACCUGCUGUUGCCUUGUCGUGAUGGUGACUCUUGCAAAAAUCGUCAGGACAAGUCGCACUGCCAGAAGUACCACCAUGAAAAGUUGAUCUAUGUGGUGGCGCAGCAGGGCUACAAGACGUCCCAGGCCACCUCCCGUGUGGAAGAGGCAAAAAGCCGUUGGAUCAACAUGGGAAGGGCAAGCAGCAGCAAGCACACGUCAGAGGUCUCUCACCAUCGGUCCAAGCCCAACAGAGAGAGCUUCGGGGAUGACUUCGGCUUUGACCAGAUCGACGUUGAGAUCCAAGAUCGGGUGGAUGAUAUGGCCGGCAUUUACAACGACGCUGCUAUCAAUGCAGACUUCGAGGGUGCUGAAAUGGACAUGUAUGGCAAUCCAAUCGGAGGGAACUUCGACUUGGCUCGUGAUGGUGCCUUUGAAGGCUUCAAGAUCUUGGUCUUCUGUGGGUAUCAUGGAGAAGGACUCCCCAAUGAUUUGCAGAGGCUCACCAUUCCGGAGCUUUCCAAGAAGGGCUUCCAAGUGAAGACAUGCAUGCAGGUGGAUGAGUUCACCCAAGAACUGCGCUCAAAGCAGUAUCACGUUGCUUGGAUCAUCAGUGGCAGCUCAUUUCAAGGGAACAAGGAUGCGUUCUUGGCAGAAAUUGAAAAGUUUCAUGAUGCCGGCCGCGGGCUGAUGAUUUGGGGUGACAACGAUCCUUUCUUUGUCCAUGCCAAUGCUGUCUUAGGGAAGCUGUUUGGUUUUCAGCUCGAAGGCAACACGCCGGGGGGAAAGGAGCUUCAUCCAGGAGAUCCAUUGAAACCUGGCUUCUUCGGUGGCCAUCCCAAAGUGUGUGCUGGAAUCGUCAAACUCCAUGAAGGAGUCACCAUAUGCUACCCAAAGCAUGUACCUGAUGGAUGGAAGGUCUUUGGCACAUCUUCCAAUCAAAAGCCAGUCCUCUUGGCGAAAGAAGCAUCUUCAGAACGUCCAGGCAAGUGUGGGACUGGCCGCGUCAUCGUAGACAACGGCUUCACCAAGAUCUACAAGGGCCAGUGGACCACUGCUGGCACACCACGCUACGUCAGCAACUGCUCUGCCUGGUUGGUUCUGCGAGAGCGCUUCCGUCGGCCUCAGUGGGGAUUCAAUCCCACCCCACAGUACCAGGGCGGUGCAUGAGGAAGGCAUCAAUAGGAUGAGUCAUCCAAAGAGGCAACGGCCCACCCGCAAUAGUCGGGAUGAUUCUAAUUAAUUUCUCAUGCUGGCACAUCACAAGAAUCAAUGGAGAGUCAUUUGCUAGC